AUGCUUCCAACAUGUACAAGAUGUCGGACUCGGCGGAUCAAGUGCGAUUCACAGCUUCCUGCCUGCGCCAAUUGCACCAAAGGCGAGUCCGAAUGCACCUUUCGAGAUGAAGCCGUGCAAGAAGAUAUCCCUCGAAGCUCGAAUUCUUCCGUCACCUCAUCGGACCAGCCUUUGCAUGUCUACGCUCCAGGGCCUGGUUCUGACUUGAAUCUUGAUCUUUCUUUUCCAUCCCUUAUUACCAUGACCACAUUUGAAACGCUACAGGUAGCCCAUGACCUUUCUGACCUGGAGAUACCUUCUGAGUUAGAAGCUACUCUCCCAAAUCCCCCACCCCUAGAGAGAUCUAUCCUGUCUCCCUUCAUAUUGCGGUCGCUGCUCGGACGAUACAAUCGCUACGUGCACUCGCAAUAUCCUAUUUUGGAGCCCGAUACUCUCAGUAAUGAUGGAGCAAAUUUCAAGAAAUUAGCCAACAACCAGAAGGUCAGGAUCCUUAUGGCCUGUGCCAUUGCUGCGGCACGCGAAGCUUGCCGGGCGCCAAUCUGGAAGGCGUACGCUCAGGUCUGUAGAGACUGGGCGAGUGAGCUGAUAUCACCAACUAUCUCCACGGAGGAUAAAGAUUCCCUGAGUAUCAUACUGCUACUUGUCGUAUAUGAAUUAGCUGAUUCAACGAGGGGCCUUAUCUGGGAGCUUCUGGAUCUAGCUACACGGACUUGCUUGCAGCUAGGCUGGCUCCACGCUCCCCAGUUCACAGAUCAGUCUUCAUCGAUCCUCAACGAGGGAUCUCAGAAACAAUUCAAGGCUCCAUCAUUAGAUCAACAACGGUUAGUGUCUGUAUUGAGAGACAUAAAUGGGUAUGUGGACCAAUUGCCAAUCCUCCCUCAAACCCUCUGCUUAAUUCUCGUUCCUCACCUCUACCGGAAUAGAUCUCUACAAUCGAUAUAUCACAGGCCCAGUAUGAUGGAUGCACUUAAAUUCACAACGAGUGACAAAGAAGAUCUUUUUUCCGCUCAUAUCCAGCUUUAUGAUCAAAUAUACGGCAGUGGUCGAAUUUACGAAACCCAGGGUUGCCCCUGUGUUGGAGAAGCUUCCACUCUGCUUGAGAAAAUAGGGACUUUCCAAGGCAACCAAGACAUAGUCAACGAAACAAUUCUGCUUUUCCUCCCAGUUUGCGUUCGCCACAAACAAUGCAUAUUCUGCUUCCAAGAGCCUGAUGGAGAUUUCACCCAAAAGACGAUGGGAGCUCUGCGACUUAGAGUUGCCAGCGCGGCGUCAAAUUUGAUAACCAGCGUGCAUUCACUCUCGAUGGGAUCGGAGGGAUUCAUCUCUCCGUUUUUAGGGAGCGCAAGGGCGUUCGUCUCCGGUUGCUGUAUAGCGACGGCGAUUGCGAAACGGUGGAUUGUCGUUGCUGACUUUUACAAAGAUAUCCUUAGGUGCACUGAGAUCCUUACACACUUUGCUCCCCACUGGAAAGGCGGAUUCAGAUAUUUGCACAUCUGGCGAAGCAUAUUGGUUCCCUUAGAGCUAUCAUGA